GAGAAAGGCGGAGCCACGAGGCCCGGUUCCUUCCCACCCGCGGCUCCUUGGGCCCCUUUUUCCGAGGGAGGAGGAAGAAGAGGAGGAGUCCAAGCGGAUGGAGGCGAACGGGAGGGAGGCUGGCUUCUCCGCGGAGAGGACCCAGCCAAGAGUUUGCAACGCCAGCCUGGACUGAGGGAGGAGAGGAAGCGCGCCUUCGCUUUGGGCACAGAGCCCAACUGGAAAUGCCUGCACGUUGUGUGAAGGGCUCCGUGCCAAAAAGAGAAGGGAAGCAGCGUACAACGGGCAAAUCGGCCCAUCAGAUGAGGUAGUAAAACUAUGAAUUAAUACGUUAGAAUUGUUGGGCUGAAAAGAAGGAAGAAGAAGACUGGGAGACAGACAUGAAAUCUCUCUUCAGGCAGCUGAGAGAUAGGGAUGUGGCACUGACAGAGUGAUUGGUUUGAGGCGGGUGUGUGCCAAAAUUCUGUUUGCCUACACUUGAAAAAUACCUAGGGCCGGCUCUGGCUGUUGUGUAGGUUCUCUUUAUGCUAUGAGAGACUUCUUUUGGAUGCUUCUGUUGGAUGUGUCUAUGAAUUUGGAUCAGGAGUAAAGAAUGGCUCAGGUUCUACACAUGGAGACUGCUUUUCCAGGGAAGCCCAAUCCCACCUCUGCUACAUCUUUCCAUGCGAAGGAGCAGGACAUGCCUUAUUCGGUGGAGACCCCCUAUGGCUAUCGGCUGGACCUGGACUUUCUGAAGUAUGUGGAUGACAUUGAGAAGGGUCACACAAUUAAGCGAAUUCCAGUCCAUCGGCGGCCACGUUACAGUUCGUUGCCACGAGGCUAUGGCUACACGGGCUCAUGGUGGACUUCCACCGAGUCCCUUUGCUCCAAUGUCAGCAUGGACAGUCACCAUUCUUCCUACUCUUAUUGUGGACGCAGCUUCUAUCCCCAGUAUCCCAACACCACACCAGGCAGUUUUAACGCCCGUGUGGAGAAGACUUUGCUGGAUGCCAGGAAGAAGCUAGAAGACCAGGCAGAUUCAGGAGAUGGGGAAAGGUCCAGAGUAAGUGGCCUUGGGAGCCUCCAUAGCAGUGUAUCUGGGUCAACCAGCUCUUUGGCGGGAAGUCAGAGCCUUUCACGCCAGACUUCUUACAAUGGUUCACAGCUGGGCGCUUCUGGACAGUUUACACCAAUUGGUUCGGGGUUGUCCACCCCAGUCUCCCCAACCCCAGGACACCUCCAGCAUGUUCGGGAGCAAAUGGCAGUUGCCUUGAAAAAGUUGCGCCUGUUGGAAGAGCAAGUCAAGAUGAUUCCUGUGCUUCAGGUGAAGAUCUCAGUGCUGCAGGAGGAGAAGCGGCAACUUAGUGUCCAGCUCAAAAGCCAGAAGUUUUUGGGACACCCUGGGGGAUUUUGUAAGGGCAAGUCUAGAGGGGAGCUCUACAUAGAUAUCCCAGAGGAGGGGACAAGUGGGAAUACAGAGGAGGGCAAAGUAAGGCCUGACACAGGGGCCAGGCUAGACAGGAAGGAAGUGAGGUCAGUAGGUGUGGGUAGGUCAGCUGAAGACAGAGAGGGGAAUGAGGAGACAGAGAGAUGUGAUGUUGGGGUGGCAGUCAAGGAAGAAGAGCUGGGGUUGCCUUCUCCUGAGGAGGAACGGCAGCGCCAAGCUGUUCAGGUCCUGUCCACCAAGAUUGCCGUACUGGAGACACAGCUGAAAAGGGCACUCCAGGAACUCCAGGCUGCCCACCAGAAAUUGGAGCAUCAGAGCAGGGAGCAGGAAGACAAAGAAAUGUCCACAGGGGAUGUGGGUCACCCAACAGAACGGGAAGUGAGAGAGGAAGGUCCAGGGCUUGCACACAGCCCGCUAGAUAACCCCAUCCGGGUGGAUACAAUCAAGGUUGUCCAAAUUGAGAGGGAGCCAGAGGUUGUAGCUAGCAAAGCCACGGGGAUGGAACACAAGCCGCAGAGGGCGCAAACGCUGGAGAGCAAAGAACCUUAUGCCAGCCUCCGAGCUUUGGCAGAGUCUGAGGAAGUGAAGAUGCCAGUGUGUGCCACAUAUCACAGCAGUGAGGUGAUGGAGACGACAUUCCCAGUCCAUGCUGGUUCAGCGACUCCUUCUUCCACAUUCCACUGUGUGAAGAAGAUCAGCAUUGCUGGCACAGAAGAGGAUGGAAAUGGAAAUGAAGACUUAACAGAGUCUCAGAGGUUAUUGGUGAGAGCUGAGCACCCAUCUAGUCACCCUCUCCAGACAGAGCAAGUAGCCCGCUGUCUGUCACAGGAGCCCGAUUUAAAUGUCCAAACUGAGGGAGAGGACCAAGCUUCAUUUACUGCAGGGAUCCGGUCAAUUAUGAAAAGGAAGGAGGAACAUACAGAGAUUGUGGCAAGCAAGAAGAGCCUCCACUUUGUGGGCAUCAAUGGAGGGUAUGAGUCCACCUCAUCUGAGGACUCCAGCACAGCAGAGAAUGUAUCGGACAAUGAGAGCACAGAGAGCGAGUAUCAUGAGGCGAGUGAGGGGCUCCCUGCCGCACAGGCAGCUAUUGCAGAGCCAGCAAAGCCUUCUGGAACUGCCGCAACUCACCCUAGGAUCGCCACAGAGGGAGGUGAAAUACCAACACCAGCUGAAGGACAAAGCAAGGAACAACCAAGCACCACCGGGAUGGUACUCAGCAAAGAGCUGCUUUCAGCCUGUGAAGUUCUUCAGAAAUACUUGGAGAGCCCCAAUGCACACAUGGAUGAAGAGAUGAAAUUAGCAUAUACCACAGUGCUUCCCUAUUGGUUGAGACUUUCCUGCCACAAAGAAGCAGAUCCAGAGUUGGUCUCGCUGCAUUUGGCUGCUUUUCGGGCUAUCUCCCCAGAUCUGCUGGAAUUCAUAAUCAAUAUGGCUGACGCCAAUGGUAACACAGCCCUGCAUUACACUGUCUCACAUUCCAACUUCCCCGUGGUUGCAAAGCUUCUUGAAACAGGAUUGUGUCAUGUGGACCAACAAAACAAAGCUGGUUAUACAGCCAUCAUGCUGACAGCACUGGCGGCCUCCCGGUCAGAAAGUGAUAUGGAUACUGUUGUGCAGCUGCUGAAAAUGGGCAACGUUAAUGCCAAAGCCAGCCAGGCUGGACAGACUGCGUUGAUGUUGGCUGUCAGCCACGGGCGUCUGGAUAUGGUGCGUGCCUUGCUUGCAAGCUCAGCAGAUGUCAACUUGCAAGACGAUGAUGGCUCCACAGCAUUGAUGUGCGCUUGUGAACAUGGCCACGCUGAAAUUGUCCGCCUGCUGUUGGCCACCCCUGGCUGUGAUGUUGCACUCUCUGACAACGAUGGCAGCACAGCUCUUUCCAUUGCAGUAGAGGCAGGCCAGAAUGACAUUGCCAUCAUGCUGUAUGCUCAACUGAACUUUGCCAAAUCUACAUCUCCGGGGACUCCAAAGCAACCAAAGCCUGACAACACAGCUUUGACAUCCAGUGAUAAUAACACCAAGGAUGAUGGUGGCACUUCUCACUAGAAUCAGAGACUCGUUCACUUUGAAGGACUGAGGAAUAAAAAGAUCUUAUGGUGCCUCUUGCAAGUUCACCUGUUUCCAAAGAAAUGCUGCCCAUAUGCAGCUUUAUUGACCUCUCCAUCAACAGGAAUGUCUCCCAUCUAAUGCACUGUCUGGGCCAAUUGGUCUUCUAGCAAAACCAGCUUUGUGCAUGGCUUUCAGGCAGCUGUUUUAGAAGUGCUGCAGUGUAACCAAGCAAAGCUUGCAUGGCCAUGUUUCUGCCAGCUAGUGAGCCAAAGAGCAGAUUGGCGAAGGGUCUUUGGAUGCAGCUUCUCAGCCAAUUUAGCACAGUUUUGCAGCUUCAUAGAGAUAUAGUUCUCCCAUUCAUGUCAACCUUCUGCAGGACAAUGGGAAUAAAAAGCAGCCUAAAUGUCCAUCAAGAGACCACUGGGAAGGAACUGCAGUUUUAUUUACUAGAGCUGAGUUGACAAAAUCAAGGUUCAUGGAGAUUCCAGUUCCAUCUGCUGUAGAGAAGAAAAGUGGAGCACUGGGACACACCUAUACCAUGAACAUCUUGAUAAUUUCGGGCCAAAUCUUGGCCUUUUCUGUCCUAGCUCCUCCUUCCAUUAAGGCUUAAUAUAUUUUAUAGAGGCUAAUGAAGGAGUGUCUCUCUAAAGCAACUCCGGACAGAAGACAUGUACCUUUUCUUGAACUGUGGCAAAAAAAAAACCCUGCUUAAAAAUGAAUUUACUUGAAAUGACUUUGAGAAAGCAUCUUGGGUACCCUGCCUUAUGUGAGCAAGUAUUUCUUAAUUUGAGGUGGGGCUUAGAAGGAUUUGUACAUUUCCUUUUAGGAAAAAAAACAAAAACGUGAUUUUGCUAUGUGAGAAUUCUUGCAAAAAGUGAGUAUGUAAGACCAGGAUGAAAGUCAAUGGAUUUUUAGUACAAGGGGAAAUUUGGAUUUUGGUAUAGAUUCUUUUCCCCAUCUGAAGCACUCAUUCUGGCCCUAGUUUGCAGUCACAAAUGAUCUAGGCCAGUGGUUCGCAACCUGGGAUCCCCAGAUGUUUUUGGCCUUCAACUCCCAGAAAUGAUAACAGCUGGUAGACUGGCUGGGAUUUCCAGGAGUUGUAAGCCAAAAACAUCUGGGGACCCCAGGUUGAGAAUCGCUGAUCUAGGCCCAUAGUUUGGAAAACAGCUUUUUGGACUACAUCUCUCACAAAACCAUGGCAGUGGCCAUGUAGACUGGAGCAUUCUGUCAACUGUAGUCCAUAAAAGUAAUCCCAAUAUGUUUCAUUUGGUAAUUUUUUCUACAAAAGGAGAGGGCAAGAUUCUUCAGCCUUUUUAGUGGUUUGCACAAGAGAUGUUUUUCCAGUGUAUUGGACCAUUUAACCAUAAUGCAAGUCAGUUCUGAUGGAUUCAAUCUAUUUUUGAGGUCUCAAACAUCUUAUAUCUCAAUAGGGUAUAUAGUUUAAAUACAGUAGAGUCUCACUUAUCCAAGCUAAAUGGGCCGGCAGAAGCUUGGAUAAGCGAAUAUCUUGGAUAAUAAGGAGGGAUUAAGGAAAAGCCUAUUAAACAUCAAAUUAGGUUAUGAUUUUACAAAUUAAGCACCAAAACAUCAUGUUUUACAACAAAUUUGACAGAAAAAGCAGUUCAAUACGCAGUAAUGUUAUGUUGUAAUUACUGUAUUUAUGAAUUUAGCACCAAAAUAUCACGAUUGAAAUAUAUAUAUAAAUAUAUAUAUAUUGAAAACAUUGACUACAAAAAUGGCUUGGAUAAUCCAGAAACUUGGAUAAGCGAGGCUUGGAUAAGUGAGACUCUACUGUAGUUCAUACCAACUAGACCAGUGGUUCCCCGGAUGUUUUGGCCUUCAACUCCCAGAAAUCCUAAAGCUGGUAAACUGACUGGGAUGUCUGGAAGUUGUAGGCCAAAACACCCACGGACCCACAGGUUGAGAACCACUGAACUAGACAAAUGCACCUGCUUUAAUUAUCCACCAAAGAAAGUGAUUUGCCACAUGGUUUGCAAGCUCACAUUUUAAUUCUUUGUGGCUUUCAAUGCCAAAAUUUUCUUCUGUCUCCUAAAAAAACCAACACAGUGAUGAAAUAGAUGAAACAUAGCAUUUUUUUUAAAUUGCCAAUCAUUCGAAAGGUACAUCCUAUUUUUAUAUAAAUAUAUAUGUGUAUAUUAAUAUACAUCAAGAAAAGGAAUAUACAUAAAUUAUUUUUAGUGCACAUUGUUUAGGAAUCCUUGAGCGUCAGUGUCCGAAAUGAUCAGGAGGAGCAGCUGGCUGAGGAAGGCUGCGAUUUUAGCUGCAAAUCUCCUGACUCAUAUCUUUGCACACACUUUAAUCUCUGCUUUGUGUAAAAGCCAAUCGAAACUAGCUGGGCUUAAAACAAAUGUUUAUGUAGAGCUAUGGCUCUUGUGUUGGUCUGAACACACAAGCGGUACAAGUAUUUCUUCUUUAUCACGGUUUCCUGUUGCUGCCUACAGAGCUGACAUUUUAAAUGGGCAACGGGAGGUUUUCAAAGUUGCAUGGCUUAGAAGAGUACCUGAAUUUUGUAUCUGGGAUUUUGCCUCAUAAAUAUGUAAUCUCUUUUACAAUUGCCAUAUGGUAUUUCUAUACAUUUAAAUGAAGUUAAUCCAAUUUAUAAAACAUAACCAAAAAUAAAAUUAUUCAAUACA